GUCAAAGGUAGGAGCGUCAGGCGGAUCCGGGCGACAAGUUUUCUGAUCUGAUCGAUGCAUAAUUAGCUUCGUCUUUUGGGAUAAAGAACAGCUAAUUAUACAAUACCGCUGAAAAGUCCUCCUAAGUUUGAAGAGUACUUUCGUGGAGGAAUAAUGGAGGCCGUUCCCAGGAUGCCAAUGAUAUGGCUGGAGCUUAAGGAAGCGGGGGACUUUGAGUUUAGUCCCACUGUUAGGCAGUACAUUGAAAUUAACUAUGGUGAGAACCCGGAGGACUACAGUGAGGCAUUGAAACGACUGGAGCAGCUUAGACAGAGUGUAGUAAACAUCCCAAGGGAUUUUGAGGGCUGCAACACACUUAGAAAGUACUGUGGUCAGCUGCACUUUCUGCAGAGUCGUGUUCCCAUGGCAACUGGCCAGGAGGCUGCUCUGCCUGUGACAUGGACAGAUAUCUUUACAGGGAGGAAUAUCACACAUGCGGAUAUUAACUAUGAGCAUGCCUGUGUCCUUUAUAACCUGGGUGCUUUGCACUCACUGCUGGGAGCUGUGGAUAACCGCCUAUCUGAAGAGGGGAUGAAAGUGUCCUGUACUCAUUUCCAGUGUUCUGCUGGGGCUUUUACUUACCUUAGAGACCACUACAGUCACAGCUACAGCUCUGACAUGAGCAGCCAGGCACUGUCCAUCAACAUCAACCUGAUGCUGGCCCAAGCUCAAGAGUGUCUCUUGGAAAAAACUCUUCUAGACAACCGGAAGAGUCAUUUAAUAGCAAAGAUUUGUGCUCAGGUGUGUGACUAUUAUAAGGAUUGUCUCAGGGUGUUGGAGAAUUCUGAAUGUGUGCCAGGGAGGAUUCAGAAAGAGUGGAGGAAACUCAUUAACAUGAAGAUCAGCUACUUCAGUGCCAUCACACAUUUGCACAUGGGAAAGCAGUCAGAGGAACAGCAGAAAUAUGGAGAAGCAGUUGCAUAUUUUCAGUUCUCCCUUGACAAACUUAAUGAGGCAAUUAAACAGAGCAAGGGCCAACCAGAUACUACACAGGAAGCUUUGAAAUUCACAAUGGAUGUAAUUGGUGGAAAAUAUAACUCAGCUAAAAAGGACAAUGACUUCAUUUACCACGAGUCUGUGCCAAGUCUGGACACAUUGGGGGCAGUAAAAGGUGCAUCAUUGGUGAAACCCCUGCCUGUGAGCCUUACUGAUCAAAGUGUCACUGGUCCCGAUCUCUUUUCUAAGCUUGUUCCCAUGGCAACUCAUGAGGCCUCAUCCCUUUACAGUGAGGAGAAGGCAAAGUUACUUAGAGACAUUGUGUCGAAAAUAGAGGACAAAAACCAAAUUCUUGAGAAAUUCAUGGAGUCUUUAAGCAGUGACUCUUUGUAUAAAAUAGACAUGUUUAAAUCUCUUCCUGAUGCUCUGUUGGAAAAAUGUGCAUUUCUCAGUGUAAGACCACACACUGUCAAGAACCUUGUUCAAGCCAUGCAAGCACUGUCUAAUGUUUACACUGAUGUGGGUUCAUCUCUGGAUGAGGUUCGUAGUGCCCUGGAAGAAGAUGAGGCUGGGGAGAAGGGUUUGAUAGAGCUGGUGGGACAGAAGGGAUUACCAGCAAAGCCUUCGGUCUUUCAGGAUAUUCAAAAAGACUUGAAGAAAUAUGAAGCUGUUCAUCAGACAGCCAGCAACACCAACACUGAACUCCACAGAGCCAUGAACCAGCACAUUCCAAACCUGCGUCUCUUACAGGGAUCUGUUGAGGAACUCCGAAAGAGCCUACCACAGCCAGAACUUAGUCAAGAUGAAAUUUUGUCCUUGCAAAAAAUGAAAACUAUUCUUGGUAAAGUGGAUGAAAUGCGAAAGCAGAGAAUGUCAUUGGAGAGUCAACUUCGUGACCUUAUUCAUAAAGAUGACAUCACGGGAGUCCUUGUAACUACAGAUCGUGCUGAUUUCAAGACGUUGUUUGCAGAGCAGCUGAAGAAAUAUGAUCAGCUGAAAGGAUAUAUAGAACAAAACUUGGUUGCCCAGGAUAACAUUCUAAAAGCUCUAACGGAAGCUAAUGUGCAGUAUGCCCCUGUGCGGAAGACACUCACACUAACAGAGCAACAAUGGAACACCACUGUGCAGUCUCUGAUUGCUUCAUUUGAGGCAUAUGAUGACUUGAUGAAGAAAGCUGAGGAGGGAAGAGAUUUCUACCAGGAUCUGGACAAGAAGACCUCUGGCUUGUUGGAUAAAACAAAGUCCUAUUGCCAAACCAGAGAGGCAGAGCGAGUUGCCUUGCUGGAGAGGGAAAUUGGAAAAGGAUCACCUUCUAGACCUACCGCCCAAAAGCCUGUGGUUGGACAAAAAGUUGUUGGUCCUAGACCUGGCUCUUCUAGUCUUGAAUCUGUCAGUCCUUCUAUUGCCUCUUUUAAAAACCACCCACUAGAAUUGCAAAGCCUCCCUUUAAAUCUGAAUUUACCCCAAGGAGCCCAAGGGACGAAUCAAUUUCCAUCAGCUCCAUUUCUAAACCAAAUUACUAUUACAGAUCCAAAGCUGAGGCAGCAGGGGGCUCGCCAUCUCCCUCAAAAUCUAGUGCCUUAUGGCCAACCUGCUACACCUGUACAAACACCUGGACUGCCACCUCAGCAGUUUCAGGUAAGACCAGCUGCAGGCAUCCCACAGUUGCCUGCUCAGGAGUACAAUCCAGCAAUCUGGCAGCAUACUCAUGGUGGGCACAUUGCUGCCACUGGGCGUUAUUCUGUGCCUCCACAAAUGGGACAGAUUCAUCAAAAUUCCAUUAGAUCUACUUUACCAGGACAACCACAAGCAUCCUUGCCAAAUUCCCUUGGGCAGCCAAUACUAACUGGCAUGCCUCAGUCUUCAUCUGUCCAACAAAUAGGGAGCCAAAGCUUUACUCCCCAACCUAUACAAAGCAUCUCCUCAACCACACAAAGAGGUGCAUUUCCUGGGCAGAUCCUGCCACCCUUCUCACCUUUACAGGUUCAGCCCAUCAUGCCAGGUCAAACACAGCAGCAAUCUGGCCUCCCCUCAGGUUACCAACCAAUGUUACUUCCACAAACCCAGCCCCAGCUUGGAACAUCAGGCCAACUAACAGCAUCCCAACCUCAGGGAGCCCUUAUUUCAGGGCAAACCCAGCCUCACUCCAAUCUUUCAAAUCAGACCCAUCCUGGACAGCUUCCACAAAACAGGCCCCAGCAAUAUAUGGGUUACCCCACCACAUCUUUUCCAUCCUCACAACCUUUGCAAAUCUCUGCACCACAGCAAAUACAUCCCAGAUCUCAACUCUUUCCACAAGCACCUUUGAGCCAAAAUUCCCAAGUUCCAUAUGGUCCUCGUCAACUCGGUCAGCCCCAAAUGCCACUAGGAGCUAUACCACCACAGAACAUGUAUGCAUUUGCACCAACACACAUUGGUCAGCAACCUAUGGGACAACAGCCAGUUCCACCCCAAUUCAAUGCAAUGUUUAAUGGAUCUGGAAGACAACCUAUGCACACUCCUGGUCAAGGUCAACUACUUGGUCCCCAACAACUGGCUUAUCCGCCAUCAGGACAAACAGUUGUCGCAGUGAUGGACAAUCCAGUUCCACCAUCACUGGCAAACACACUCAUACCUACACCAUCACCUCUUCAGGUUUCAUCCCAGAGCCAGACCACUACUCCCAUGUCAUCAUUUGCAACCCAGAAUUUCAAGCCUCAAACCACAAAUGCUGCUCCGAUGAACAUAAACAAUUUAGACUCUACAACAGUUCUGGAUUCUGUUCAAAGCAAGGUGGAUAAUCUCAGCAUUGGCUGAUUGUGGAUUGGUCUGAAACUAAAUUGUGCAACAAUCUCUUGCUUUGUCCCAGACAAACAACUUUGCAUAUGCUGUCACUAGAAGUCAAGAUACCACAACAAGCAUAAUCAACAAGCAUAAAAAAUGAUUUUUAGAAAUCUAGAUUUUUUGUAGUCACAGAAUAAGAUCUUAUGCCUGAACGUACAAUAACAAUUGCCUUUUAUUCACGCACAGCACUAACAUAGAAUUGCACUAUUGUCUAGAUCUAAUUGCACAAAAUGACUUGCCAAAUGUACUACAAGCACUACAAACUGCUUUUGCACUGUAAUCCUAUGCAUUCCUAUGUUGUAGUGUCCAGUAUUUCUGUAUAUAUCUGUUCCUAAAUAGCACUUUAGUCUGCACUUCAAUGGGAAUAUUGACAGCAGCAAUGAUGAGCAAUUGUGGUUGUUUCUGUCUGGGUUAAUUUUCUUUGGUUUUUGAUAGGAAAACAUUAUAGUUUUUACAUGUAAUUUUUGAUAAACACCACUCCCUGAGCUGUAUUUUAAACCAUAACAUACUGUUUAAACCAUAACAUACUGUUUUAUAUAAAAAAACACAUGUGUUUAGACAGAAAAAUUACAGCACUGUCUUGUUUGGAUAUGUUACUUCUGAUGAAAAAUUUAAUAUUAAACUAGUUUAAGCUUCAAAA